AUGGCCACCGCUCUUGAGGCCGAGCUGCUGCGCCGAGCAGGAGGCCGGCGGGAAACAGCUCGAGAGCUGUUCGAGCGCCAGAUUGGGCAGCUGCACCACCUGGUGUCGACGAAAUCAGUGCCUGGCAUAUUUAGCCCUCCGUUCGAGGGCGCAGCGGGGCUGUUGCCCGUGAUUGAGGGCCAGACUGUCGAGGAGCAUCUGCAGCGCGCGUGCCGCGCGCAGGUGGCCCCGGAGGUGCAGCGGCGCAUGCAUGCGGCAGCAGCGCCCGGCGCAAAGCACACGCGCGCCGCGCAGGGUCUCGCGAAGCGCGCCACGGGUGCGGGUGGCGGGCGGCCGCCGGUGACGGACGCGGGCAGCGGCGGCGAGGCAGUAGGCGCCACCGCAGGGGCAGCGGCGUCGGGACAGGCCCUGUGCCGCCGUGCACAGCCUGUCGAGCCCAGGCUUGCCAGCGGCCCGGGCAGCACUGUGCCCAUUGUUCCCCCCGCGUCAACGCUGCGGCAAAUGUCGCCGUAUGAUGCCGUGAAGGAGAGCGCAGCACUCGAGCGUCGCAUCGACCGGGCGCAGGUGGCGGUGCUGCACCGCCAGCCCUUCCUGGGCCCCUCAGCAACCAUAAAUGUACCGUUCGUCGAGUCCCCGUCGGUGCGCAUCGCCGACGCGUUCACAGACCCUGUCAUCGGCUCAAUCCCUGGCGCACGCUCCGCCGCGCGGCCGCCGCGAUGCGGCGCCACGGGCAGGCUGUUCGAUGCGUCAGGGAAGCUGCGGGGAUUCUUCGACCCCAGCCUGCGGCAGGGGUACUGA